UUAAUGAUUUGUUCUUGCAGGAUAACCAUUACUCAGAACCUCGUCUUCAUUGGCCUAGAUUUCAGUUCUCCGAUUCUUGUGUGCGCAAUGGUACACUUGGUUCCGACAUUUUUCUUCCUCUUGGCAAUACUACUCAGGACGAUAAAGCUGGACUGGAGAGCACAAGCAUCCGAGCGAAAGUAAUCGGUACCUUAAUUUCUGUUGUGGGGGCAAUAUUUGUCGAUCUCUACAAGGGACCUGUCGUCAGUAACUCUUCGGUUUCGUCCUCCAAUCGACUUCAACAUCAACAGCAAUUUGUCUACUCCUCGACACCUGAUCAUUGGGCUGUUGGUGGCAUUUUGCUAGCUGGUGCGUCCUUAUCUGUCGCUGUAUGGAACAUCAUUCAGGUUGGAACAUUGACGCUGUACCCACAAGCGAUGAAAGUGGUAUCUUUCUACAGUUUAGUUGGUACUCUUCAAUGUGCAGUAGUCUCUUUUGCCGUAGAGAGAAACCUAAGCGCAUGGAAGCUAAAACUGGAUUUGAAGCUUCUCUUGAUAAUUUCAACCGCGAUUUUUGGAAGAGUAAUUCGGGCACGAGUCCAAAUAUGGUGCAGUCAAGCAAAGGGUCCUUUCUAUGUUCCCAUGUUUAAGCCAUUCGCGAUCCUAUAUGCAUGCUUCUUCGCUGUUUGCUUCUUUGCAAAUAGCCAUCAUUAUGGAAGCAUCAUAGGAGCGUUCAUAGUAGGAAUAGGAUAUUAUUCAUUGAUGUGGGGACAAAUCAGAGAGGGCAAAGCACGUGACGAUCAUGACAACAGAAAUGGGGAUUCUCGUGGCAACAAAGUACCUCUUUUGCAAGAGGAGACUCAAGUAUAGAACAUCCUGCCCAGUAUAAUUGAAGGAAACAAAACAAUGAUCCUGGAAAGCCUCAAAAGUGAGUUCUUCAGUUUUUGCUUAAUGGAUGUGCCUUAACGGGUUGCUGAAUCUGUACAUGAUACAUACUACAAUGGUGCAAGAAGGACCGUCCUCCAGCAUUCGUUCUACAAGUUAUCUCUUGCUUGAUUUUGCUCAAGGGACUUGACAGAGGAAACUCAUGCCCAUCUGGUUCCUCUUGCCAGAAGUUGGAGAUAGAUACAUUUGGGCAGUGGUCCUGGUUACUGUUGGAGACAUGUAUACUCUUGUAGAUAACACCUCAAUCAGAAAUUGUGUGCUUGUAUGUUAUCAUGAGAAACUUUGUAAUGUACAACUUGAUUUUUCUUUUC